AUGGCAGCUUUACAAGAAAAAAAGACUUGCAGCCAGAGGAUGGAAGAAUUCCAGCACUACUGCUGGAACCCAGACACGGGGCAGAUGCUGGGACGGACUCUGUCUAGGUGGGUGUGGAUCAGCCUCUAUUAUGUGGGUUUCUACGUGGUGAUGACAGGGCUCUUCGCGCUGUGCAUUUAUGCGUUGAUGCAGACAAUCGACCCAUACACACCAGACUAUCAGGAUCAAUUAAAAUCACCAGGGGUUACCUUAAGGCCAGAUGUUUAUGGAGACAAAGGUCUGCAAAUUUUCUACAACGUUUCUGAUAACAGAACCUGGACAGACCUAACACAUAUGCUUCACGAGUUCCUGGCAGCCUAUUCUCCAGCAGCUCAGAAGGCCAACAUAAACUGCCCUUGGGAGAGAUACUACUUCCAGGAAGGUUUUGAUGCUCCUAACCACACCAAGUUCUCCUGCAAGUUCCCAGUAGAUAUGCUGCAAAACUGCUCUGGCCUGACAGACCCUAACUUUGGAUUUGAAGACGGGAAGCCGUGCUUUAUUAUUAAAAUGAACAGGAUUGUCAACUUUCUCCCCAGCAACAGUACUGCUCCCAGAGUGGACUGCACAUUCCUGGACAGCCCGCCCCUGGAGGUUGAGUACUACCCACCCAACGGCACCUUCAGCCUGCAUUACUUCCCUUACUACGGGAAGAAAGCUCAGCCCCAAUAUAAAAACCCAUUGGUUGCAGCAAAAUUUCUCAACAUUCCCAAGAAUACAGAAGUUGUCAUCGUGUGCAAAAUCCUUGCAGAAUAUGUUACCUUCGACAAUCCCCAUGACCCAUAUGAAGGAAAAGUGGAGUUCAAACUUAAAAUUCAGAAGUAAACUAGCAAGAGUAGGUAUACUAGAAUUUUGGUAAGACUCAAGAAGAUGGGUCAUACCCUGCAGCCUAACUUAUAAACCAUCAUCUUCUUGGUUGGUCUUAAUGCACCUGCUGGUUCCUUACCAAAUCACCUUUAAAAACAUUUUAGAAUAUCAAUCCUAAAGUCAAUUGGUAACUCCAGAGAGGCUUUUAGGUGUAAAGUACUUAUGGUUAGUAUCAGCGGUUUCUUAUUAAAUCUUUAUUCUUCUUUCUUUAGAUAGAAUCUGUAGCUACAAUAAAAAUGCUGGGCUAACAUGGUAACCGAAAGGCAGCAAUUAUCCAAUUAACAGGACACAAGAUGAUUCAUCUCUAUUUAGAAGUUGCUUUUCUUACUAUAUUUUUCUAUACUGUAAUAUGAACCAUUUGCACAUUAAUAUGAAAACUACUAAUGCACUGAUGAUAUAAAACAUGACUUACGAUAAUGUACAUUCUGAAUCCUUGCUUUGAAGAAAGCAGCUCCUAAACUGUAGAAAUACAUUAAAGUUACUCUUAUUCUACACACACAAAAAAGUCAUGUCUUUUCUGAUAUGGAGACAAAACUAACUAGAAAUUAAACAUUUCCCUUAAAAAAAAAACUUAUUUUUAAACGUCCGUUACAAGUCAGGAAAAUUACCACAACAGUGGUGGUGUGGUGUUGUCAACUAAAAACCUUCACGCAUAGUGACAAGUAGCAAAACAAAGCAUCUGGAGAAAGGGAAAAAAAACUUAUAAAUAUUUUGUAAGGUUAAUUGAAUCAAUUUAUUGGGCAACUAUACUACGGAUGCAACAAUGGGCUGAAACAGGAUUGUGAGGAUGGUGCAGGACCCACAGCACCUAACAACAUACUAUGUUGAACAUUAUAUCAAACAUUUUUCAUUGCUUACCCCUGUGAAUAAAGAAAUUUUGAGGCAACAUGAUCAAUGUGCAUGUUUAUUUACAUUAGACAGCUACAUUAUUAUGCUAACAUAUUUGGUACUUUAUAAAACACACAAAAAGCAUUUUUAAAGGCGAUACAAACAAUGUGAAUGUCUCACAUUUCUUCCCAGACCCCCGUGGUUUGUUUUGGUGCAGCCCCUUCAGAGACCACUCCUGCAUACAAAAAAACAAACAAAAAAACCCACUG